GAACAUCAGAAUGGGAGAUGACGCAUUGCUACUUGCAGUCCACCUUCUCUGAGGAAAAGAGUAAAUAAAAAAACGAGAGUCACAGAAGAGUCUUCAUUCCAGAAGUGCUCCAGGAAUCAUGCUGGAGAAGUUCUGCAACUCUACGUUUUGGAAUUCUUCAUUCUUGGAUAGCCCAGAAGCGGACCUGCCACUUUGUUUUGAGCAAACUGUUCUGGUGUGGAUUCCCUCGGGUUUCCUUUGGUUCCUGGCCCCUUGGCAGCUUCUUCAUGUGUAUAGAUCCAAGAUCAAGAGAUCUCCUAUAACCAAACUCUACCUUGCUAAGCAGGUGCUUGUUGGGUUUCUUCUUAUUCUAGCAGCCAUAGAGCUGGCCCUUGUACUCACAGAAGACUCUGGAAAAGCCACAGUCCCUGCCAUUAGAUACACCAAUCCAAGCCUUUACCUGGGCACAUGGCUCCUGGUUUUGCUGAUCCAGCACAGCAGGCGAUGGUGCUUGCAGAAGGAUUCUUGGUUCCUGUCCCUAUUCUGGAUUCUCUCAAUACUCUGUGGCGUUUUCCAAUUACAGACUCUGAUCCGGACACUCUUAAAGGGCAGCAAUUCUAACCUGGCCUAUUCCUGCCUGUUCUUCAUCUGCUAUGCACUGCAGAUCCUGAUGCUGAUCCUUUCAGCAUUUUCGGAAAAAGAUGCCUCAUCAACUAAUCCAUCAUUCACAGCCUCAUUUCUGAGCAGCAUUACGUUUAGUUGGUAUGACAGCAUCAUUAUGAAAGGCUACAAGCAACCUCUGACACUUGAAGAUGUCUGGGACGUUGAUGAAGAGAUUAAAACCAAGGCACUGGUCAGCACGUUUGAAAAACAUAUGGCAGGAGAGCUGCAGAAGGCCAGGAAGGCGCUCCAGGGAGGGCAGCGGAGGAAGGCCCGGAGGGGCUCUGGAGAUGGGCUGCAUGGCAUGAACAAGGAUCAGAGUCAAAGCCAAGAUAUCCUUGUCCUGGAAGAAGCUAGAAAGAAAACAAAGAAGUCUGGGACCACAAAAAACUUUCCCAAGUCCUGGUUGGUCAAGACUCUCUUCAAGACUUUCUACAUCAUGCUCUUGAAAUCAUUCCUCCUGAAGCUGGUGCAUGACCUCCUCAUGUUUCUGAAUCCUCAGCUGCUGAAAUUGCUGAUCUCCUUCGCAAAUGAUCGAGACACAUAUGUGUGGACCGCAUAUCUCUAUUCAGUCCUCUUCUUUGUUGUGGCCCUCAUCCAGUCUCUUUGCCUUCAGUGCUACUUUCAAAUGUGCUUCAAGCUGGGUGCCACUGUACGGACAACCAUCAUGGCGUCCAUAUAUAAGAAGACACUGACCCUAUCCAACCAGGCCAGGAAGCAGUACACCAUUGGAGAAACGGUGAACCUGAUGUCUGUGGAUGCCCAGAAGCUCAUGGAUGUGACCAGCUACUUUCAUCUGCUGUGGUCAAAUGUUCUCCAGAUUACUUUAUCUAUCUACUUCCUAUGGGCAGAGCUGGGACCCUCCAUCUUGGCAGGUGUUGGGGUGAUGGUACUCCUAAUUCCAGUUAAUGGGAUACUUGUUGCCAAGAGUAAAGCUGUUCAGGUAAAAAAUAUGAAGAACAAAGACAAACGGUUAAAGAUCAUGAAUGAAAUUCUCAAUGGGAUGAAGAUCCUGAAAUAUUUUGCUUGGGAACCUUCAUUCAAAAACCAAGUUCACGAACUUCGGAAGAAAGAACUCAAGAACCUGCUGACUUUUGGGCAGAUGCAGUCUGUAAUCAUGUUUCUCUUAUACCUAAGUCCAGUCCUGGUGUCUGUGAUCACAUUUUCAGUUUACACUCUGGUGGAUAGCAAUAAUGUUUUGGAUGCAGAAAAGGCCUUCACCUCCAUCACCCUCUUCAAUAUCCUGCGCUUUCCCCUGAGCAUGUUUCCCAUGGUAAUCUCCUCCGCUCUCCAGGCCAGCGUUUCCAGAGACCGGCUAGAACAGUACCUGGGAGGGGAUGACUUGGACCCCUCCGCCAUUCGCCGCUGUGACUGCAAUUUUGACAAAGCAGUGCAGUUCUCAGAGGCCUCCUUUACCUGGGACCGGGACUCGGAAGCCACCAUCCGAGAUGUGAACCUGGACAUUAUGCCAGGCCAGUUGGUGGCUGUGGUGGGCACUGUGGGCUCUGGGAAGUCCUCCUUGAUGUCAGCCAUGCUGGGAGAAAUGGAAAAUGUCCACGGGCACAUCACCAUCAAGGGCACCAUAGCCUAUGUCCCGCAGCAAUCCUGGAUCCAGAAUGGCACCAUAAAGGACAACAUCCUUUUUGGAUCAGAGUUGGAUGAAAAGAGAUACCAGCAGAUUCUGGAGGCCUGUGCCCUCCUCCAAGACUUGGAAGUGCUGCCUGGAGGAGACCUGGCUGAGAUUGGAGAGAAGGGUAUAAAUCUCAGUGGGGGUCAGAAGCAGCGGAUUAGUCUGGCCAGAGCUAUCUAUCAGAAUUCAGACAUCUAUGUUCUGGAUGACCCCCUGUCAGCCGUGGAUGCUCACGUGGGAAAACAUAUUUUCAAUAAGGUCUUGGGUCCCAAGGGCCUAUUGAAAGGCAAGACUCGACUCUUGGUUACACAUAGCAUUCACUUUCUUCCCCAAGUGGACGAGAUCGUGGUUCUGGGGAAUGGCACCAUCUUGGAGAAGGGAUCCUACAGCACUCUGCUGGCCAAGAAAGGAUCGUUUGCUAAGAUCCUGAAGACAUUCACAAAACAGACGGGUCCUGAGGAAGAGGCCACAGUCAAUGAGGACACUGAAGAAGAAGAUGACUGUGGGCUGAUGCCCAGUGUGGAGGAAAUCCCUGAGGAUGUGGCCUCCUUAACCAUGAAACGAGAGAACAGUCUUCAUCGAAUACUCAGUCGCAAUUCUAGGUCCAAUAGCAAGCAUCGGAAGUCCCUAAGAAACUCUUUGAAAACUCGGAAUGUGAACACCCUGAAGGAGGAGGAAGAACUGGUGAAAGGACAGAAACUAAUUGAGAAGGAAUUCAUACAAACUGGAAAGGUGAAGUUCUCCAACUACCUGAAGUACCUACGAGCAAUAGGAUGGUUUUCGAUAUUCUUCAUCGUCUUUGCCUAUGUGAUCAAUUCUGUGGCUUAUAUUGGAUCCAACCUCUGGCUCAGUGCUUGGACCAAUGACUCUAAAACCUUUAAUGGCACUAACUAUCCAGCGUCUCAGAGGGACCUGAGAAUUGGCGUCUAUGGAGCUCUGGGAUUAGUACAAGGUGCAUUUGUGCUCAUAGCAAAUCUCUGGAAUGCCCAUGGUUCCACUCACGCAUCAAACAUCCUUCAUAGGCAACUGCUAAGCAAUAUCCUUCAAGCACCCAUGAGUUUUUUUGACACAACACCCACAGGCCGGAUUGUGAACAGGUUUGCUGGUGAUAUUUCCACAGUGGAUGAUACCCUUCCCUUAUCCUUGCGCAGCUGGAUAUUGUGCUUCCUGGGAAUAAUCAGCACCCUUGUCAUGAUCUGCACGGCCACUCCAAUCUUCGUUGUCAUCAUCAUUCCUCUUGGCCUCAUUUAUAUGUCUGUUCAGAUAUUUUAUGUGGCCACUUCCCGCCAGCUGAAACGUCUGGACUCUGUCACCAGGUCCCCAAUCUACUCUCACUUCAGUGAGACUGUGUCAGGUUUGUCCAUCAUCCGUGCCUUUGAGCACCAGCAGCGAUUUCUGAAACACAAUGAGGUGGGGAUUGACACCAACCAGAAAUGUGUCUUCUCCUGGAUUGUCUCUAACAGGUGGCUUGCAGUUCGUCUGGAGCUGAUUGGGAACCUGAUUGUCUUCUUUUCAUCCCUGAUGAUGGUUAUUUAUAGAGAUACACUAAGUGGAGACACUGUGGGCUUUGUUCUGUCCAACGCGCUUAAUAUCACACAGACCCUGAACUGGCUAGUGAGGAUGACGUCAGAAAUAGAGACCAACAUUGUGGCUGUUGAAAGAAUAAAUGAGUACAUAAAAGUGGAAAACGAGGCACCCUGGGUGACUGAUAAGAGACCCCCCCCAGGUUGGCCCAGCAAAGGGGAGAUCCGGUUUAACAACUACCAAGUGCGGUACCGGCCGGAGCUGGAUCUUGUAUUGAGAGGGAUUACUUGUGACAUCAGGAGCAUGGAGAAGAUUGGUGUGGUCGGCAGGACAGGAGCUGGGAAGUCAUCCUUGACGAAUGGCCUCUUCAGAAUCCUAGAGGCUGCAGGUGGCCAGAUCAUCAUUGAUGGAGUAGAUAUUGCUUCCAUUGGGCUCCAUGACCUCCGAAAGAAACUGACCAUCAUCCCCCAGGAUCCCAUCCUGUUCUCUGGAAGCUUGAGGAUGAACCUAGACCCUUUUAACCACCACUCAGAUGAGGAGAUUUGGAAGGCCCUGGAGCUGGCUCACCUCAAAUCCUUUGUGUCUGGGCUGCAACUUGGGUUGUCUCACGAAGUGACAGAGGCUGGUGACAACCUUAGCAUCGGGCAGAGGCAGCUGCUGUGCCUGGCCCGCGCUCUGCUUCGGAAAUCCAAGAUUCUAGUCAUGGACGAGGCCACGGCUGCCGUGGAUCUAGAGACCGACCACCUCAUCCAGACGACCAUCCAAAAGGAGUUCUCCCACUGCACCACCAUCACCAUCGCUCACAGGCUGCACACCAUCAUGGACUGCGACAAGAUAAUGGUCCUGGACAAUGGGAAGAUUGUAGAGUACGGCAGCCCUCAAGAACUGCUGAGAAAUUCGGGCCCCUUUUGUUUGAUGGCCAAAGAAGUUGGCAUUGAAAGUGUGAACAGCACAUCAUUCUGACACUGUUGAGAUGCUCCGACGCCGAAAGUUCCUGUAGGAAGGGCACAAUAGCUGCGAGGCUGGAUGAGGAAGGGAUCUGAACUAUUCGCUCUGCGCCCAGCAGCAUCACCCGAGCAGUGUUGUCUGCAGUGGCCAGGCAUACAGACAGCAGCUCGGGUUUCAGUUUGUCCCGUACUCCUGGAACCAGGGUCAUCGUGCUCCUCAGAGACGCGAGCAGCGUGCCUUCUGGGCGGCGGCUGCUUCUGGCAGGUGCUAGCUCUCUGAUACUUAUUUUCCUUUGGCCCUUUCUUCAGUGCCUACUUAAUUCUUUAUAUGGUUCUGUUAAAAUAAUGGUUUCUGUCUCCUGACUAACCCAACUGAUAGAACCCUUGGAGAUUAGCAGGUUAAAGUCUCUUAUUUUUCAGAUAAGCACAUGCCUGAGGAGGGUUAGAAUAUCCAAAGUCAAAACAUGGGGGGUGUUUCUGGCAGAGCCAGAAACAAAUUUGCUGAUUUUUUUUUCCUUCAAUGGCGGAGGGGUUUUGACCUACCUACUCCUACUGAUGCAAAUAAAGAGAAGUAAAGGUCAUUCUUUUCUCAGAAGUGAUGACUAAGACACCCGGUGACGGUGGUGGAAACCGGAACGAGCCUGGAUCUAAAACUUUGGUGAUGACUCCUCCCAUUUCAAAUCUUGUUGGCCCAGACCCUGGAUAACUGAAUCCCCACUCUGGGCCACUUAUAAUAUGCUUGCUCUUUCCUACUUUCCUUCCUUCUUUCACUUGCCUUUGAAGCAUUAAGAUAUUCCUAUGUUUUGGUCCUUGACCUUCCAGUUUCUCUGAUUCUCAUUUCUAGCCCCUUCCUCUCAUCCAGUUAUGACAUUCAUAUAUUCAGCUGCCUGCAGCUAUUCUUACCUGGAUAUCCUUCAGGCAUCUGACACUCAACGCAUUCUACUUGACAGACCCUUACACUCCCUCCACUCAAAAGAUUUUUCUCUACUUCCUACCUCCAGUGAUGACCUCACUGUCCACUCAGUCCUAUGAAAUGAAAACCCUGGGCAUCACUCUUAACUUUUCCUUUUCUUCUCAGGUCACAUUGACCACCAGGCCCUUCUGGUUUUAUUUCUUUACCCCCAACCCUUUUGCUACAAUUCAGGUUCUCAUAACAUCUAAGGGCACAGGUAUCUCUGCAUCCUGUGUUGUUUUUCUUAAAUAUAUCCAUCCAUGGCUAUUAGAGUGAUCAAAUAUGCAAAACUGACCAGGUUACUCUUCUGUUUAAACCCUUCAUUCAGUGGCAAUCCAGAGUAUGGUAUAACAGAGCUCCCAAACAUCUGGUCCAAUCACAUUUCUUCUAAUUCCUGUUAAAGAAAGAGAUAACAAGCCCCAAAUGGGGUCACUUAUGCUAAGCCUCAUGCCAACAAACUGAGACUUAAUACCUACUUUAUAGUUUCAGCCUUUCCCAGGAAUGGAAUCUUAAACCAGUCAAUCUGGAAUUCCCUCGUCAAUACUACUGAGGUAAUCUGCCUGACAGACCCCUGUGUCUCCUAAAGGAAGGUCACCUUGCCACAACCAAUCUGCUUAUUGCUAAUAUAACUUCCUUGUCCCAUUUCCUUCUGCCUAUAACAGUCUUUCCUUUAAUCAGAUACACCAAAACCAGACUUUGAUUCAGAUGCUGGGGACACACAGGCACGGACAUCUGGUGCUAACUGUGACAGUCACAGCUCUUCUCCAUUGGUGGGGUUUCUAGCACCAGGGGGCCAGCGAUAUUGCGUGAUACUGAGCAUCAUUCCUGGGUUCAAAGAUUUCAAAUAGGGCUUUCUUAUUCUCCCAGAGAGUCAGUGAGCUACCCUGCUAUCAUUUGAAAACUUCCUUUCUGCUUAAGUUUACCAGAAUUGGGGCUGUUUACUCCCCAGCUAAUUUAUUAUUACUAUAUCACUUUGUCAGAUAAUUUUCUGUUUGGGUCUCCCUCACUAAGCUGUGAGCCUCUUGAAAACAAGAACAGUUUCAUAGUUUUUGGAUCUCUAGUGGCUAGCAUAUAGCAAGUACUCACAUUUUUUCCAAUGUUCAGAAAAUCUUCAUAAAAAGCACAAUGAGAAAAAUGUGUGCUAACAGUGCAGCAAUAGGGAAAGAAAAGUAACUUCACAUUGAUACAUUGGCACAAAGAGGAAGAAUAAACAUACCAAUCAAACCUCAA